UUAAUGCUCUGGAAAGGAAGGCUUCUGGAGACUUGCCCAAGGUCACAAAGCACAGGAAGAGAGUGGGUAGCUGAGUCCCAUCCAGAUCUGCCCGACACCUCACCCUCCGAAGACGGAGACUUCGCUGCAGUUCUGCACAACGUGUGCGCCCUGAUUCACCAGGAAAUGGCUUCAGGUGCUGCUUACACACCACGUUCGCCGGCACUGAAUCACCCAGUGAGGCGGCUCCCCGGGCGCCCCCCCUCCCAAUCGCCGCAUCCAGGAGCGUCUCCACGUGGCGCUAGGAAGUCUGUACCCCCUCACGCCUGCCCAUCCUUCUGUUUGAACAAAGAUGCUGCUGCAGAUUCAGGGCUUCAGCAGGUGACAGUGUUCGCAGAUGGGUGCUGGAAGCUGAACCAACACGGUGCCGCAGGGCAAGCUGCAGACAGCUGCGGAGGGGCGUUCUGGUCUCCCGCCCGGACAGAUGGCCCACGUGAGCGCCGGGAGGCAGGUGUGGGCUUCAUCUCUGACCCGGGCGCAGCCGCCUGCGGGAAAGGUCUGUACCAGGGCAAGAUGUCGGUGUGGAGCGAGGCAGGAGCGAAUGCAGCAGCCGUCAUCCCCGGAACCCGGCGGCGGCAGCAGCAGCAGCAGCAGCGCGAGGAGGAGACCGCCGCCAGCCGCAGUCGCCGCCGCAGCCGCGGGAGCAAUGCAGACAGCUUCUUGAGAACGCGCUAA